UGUUAAGUUGAUUUUUACCACUUAACUUUAUCUGAAAAUUUGCAACUAUGGUUUUUGAGCUAUCAUAGACAUCGUUUCAAACGAUAAUAGAUAGUAAAUAUGCCAGGAAAUUUUCAAACAAUAAAGGGAGAUCUGGAAGUAACUUUGAAAGACGUUAACAGCGCCCAUGAGACGUUUACAUCAAUUUGUUUUUGUUUAUUAUUAUUAUGCAUUCUUGGAUACAACACUCGCUUGGAAGGGCUACAGACAUAAAGAGCUGCAGAGAUGCUAGCUGGCCGACAGGACAGCCAUGUUCAGUAUGCCUCGCUUCUGACGUCCUCAGCAGAAUCCUCAGAGGAUGAACUGUUCUCGAUCGACCAGCAGCCGGACGAUGGACGCUCGGCGCGGUCUUCGACCAGCUCCAACCAGCCGGCGCGCAGCUGGAGGAACCUGGCCGGCUUCUGGCUGCUCGGACUCUGCAACAACUAUGCCUACGUCAUCAUGCUCAGCGCCGCGCACGACAUCCUCUCAGACGACUUCCAGGAGACCGAACUUCUGGAGGACGGCGGCGACCGUGACUGCAACCUGACGUCGACGGGGGCGAUCCUGCUGGCGGACGUGGUGCCGGCCCUGGUGGCCAAACUCGUCUCGCCGGCCGUCGACGUACACACACAUAUCCGAGUGGCGGUGACGAUUCUGUUCAGCGCCGUGUCGUUCCUGCUGGUCGGCGCCUCUGUCAGCUCCGCCAUGGCCUACACGGGCGUGGUGGCCGCCUCACUAGGCAGCGGUAUCGGCGAGGUCACCUUCCUGGCCUAUUCAGCCCACUUCCACAGUGACGUGGUGUCCACCUGGUCGAGUGGCACCGGCUUCUCGGGUGUGCUCGGAUCGUUCAGCUACGCGGCGCUCCUCAGCGCCGGCCUGUCGCCGCGCAACACCCUGUUCGUGAUGCUGAUCUGCCCGGCUAUCAUGACGCUCACGUACACGGCCCUGCUGCGCCACCCUCCGUCGGCGCCGGGUUGCUCCUGCUGCGGGCUGGCCGCCGCGCCGGCCCGGUCCACCUCCGUGUCCUCGGAGCGCAGCGCGGCCUCCUCCGUACCGCUCAGCCGUCAGGAGAAGCUGUCCCUGCUGCGGCUGCUGCCGGCCUUCAUGGUGCCUCUGGGACUCGUCUACUUUGCAGAGUACUUCAUCAACCAGGGCCUGGUCGAGCUCAUCUGGUUCAGAAACAUCUGGCUGUCCCACAGCGAUCAGUACCGCUGGCUGCAGGUGAUUUACCAAGUGGGCGUGUUCCUCUCCCGCUCCUCCGUCAACGUGUUUCACAUCGAGCGCAUCUGGAUCCUCACCGCUCUGCAGAUGGCGAACGCGGUGUUUUUCUUUUACGAGGCGUACUACCUGUUCCUGCCGAGUUACUGGCUGGUGGUGGCCCUGGUUCUCUUUGAGGGCGUGCUGGGCGGAGCCGCCUACGUCAAUACGUUCUACUCCGUCUACCACAAGUUUCCGGGCCGGGAGCGGGAGUUUAUCAUGGGCACCGUGUCUCUGGCCGACUCCAUGGGCAUCGCAGUGGCAGGCGCCAUCUCACUGCCGGUCCACGACGCGCUCUGCACCCUGCCGGGGCCGCGGCUCUGACGGGCAGGCCGAGCCUGAGGCUCUGACGGGCAGGCUCCCGGCUCCUACGGAUAGAACAAUAAUCUGAGGCUCUGGCGGGCCCGCGGCUCUGACGGGUAAGCCAGUGCAGUGAUCCUCGUUGGACCCGUGUCGCCGGGCAGACCAGUGACCACUGCCUGCGACUCUGACAGUGAAACCAGUGCAGUGACUCGCCCGAUUCGGACCGAUCCGGGUCGACGGGUUCACCACUGACCACCGCCCGCGACCGUGAGAUCGAAGAGCUGGACUCCGCGACCCUGCUCAGCCGUCCCAGCCUACCGCAGUGAGUGGCUGUCCGCCACAGACUGCAGCAGUGUCCGGGUCCCCACCACAGACUACCGCAGUGUCCGGGUCCCCACCACAGACUGCAGCAGUGUCCGGGUCCCCACCACAGACUACCGCAGUGUCCGGGUCCCCACCACAGACUGCAGCAGUGUCCGGGUCACCACCACAGACUACCGCAGUGAGUGGCUGUCCGUCCCAGACUACCGCAGUGAGUGGCUGUCCGCCACAGACUACCGCUGUCCGGGUCCCCACCACAGACUGCAGCAGUGUCUGGGUCCCCACCGCAGACUGCAGCAGUGUCUGGGUCCCCACCACAGACUGCAGCAGUGUCCGGGUCCCCACCACAGACUGCAGCAGUGUCCGGGUCACCACCACAGACUACCGCAGUGUGGGGCUGUCGGUCCCAGCCUACAGCAGUGUCCGGGUCCCCACCACAGACUGCAGCAGUGUCCGGGUCCCCACCACAGACUGCAGCAGUGUCCGGGUCCCCACCACAGACUGCAGCAGUGUCCGGGUCCCCACCACAGACUAACGCAGUGUCCGGGUGCCCACCACAGACUGCAGUAGUGUCCGGGUCCCCACCACAGACUGCAGCAGUGUCCGGGUCCCCACCACAGACUGCAGCAGUGUCCGGGUCCCCAUCACAGACUACCGCAUUGUUUGGCUGUCCGUCCCAAGCCCUCAGUGUGUGGGCGGAGCCCGUCGCCAUGCGGAUUCCGACCCUAACGGGCUGGAUAGCCGGGACCGAGUGGAGGGGAGGGAGGGAGGCGAUGGACGGGUGAGAGAAGCGCACCAUUCCAAGGGAGGCACGGAUAGCGGCGGAGGCGAGUGGCGGGUCGGUGGAGGCGGCCUCACGAGAGGGGUCUCCGGGAGUCUCCUUGGGCUUGGUCUGCUCAGGAUGGCCUUGAAAUGCAGUCACUGAUGGUUCUGUCCGGGCCCGGGGCUCUCUAGGUGCAUUUAAAUGUGUUGUUGCUGAGACUUGUUGCGAAUGAUACGACAUCUGCCAUUGGACUGUGAUCUGCUUGUGAUUGAACUGUUUUAGAAUAUAUCGUUAAAUUAUUUUGUUCAACCGCGCAAUGAUGUAGUGUGAGCAAGUGCUGAGUGAUCGUAUGCCUUGUUUGCAUUUUGAAAAAUGAGCUAUGGAAAGAUAUUUACAAAUAUUUUAACAUUGUUUUAGAUAUCGCUUAACUAAAAGGCGACAAUAAAUCAUAAAUGAGCUUUUACGCCGAAAGAAUGGUUGUAUCAUCGCUUUCAUGAUGGAAAUGUUUGAUGCAUUGCUUAUGGAUGACACCAGUGCAUGUUGAUUCAGCAAUUGAGCACCAAAUCUGGCUAAUUUGGCGCCCUUCAGUGUUUUCUGAACCAAGUUAUCUACUUGCUAUCCCGUUCGCUACUUUAUGUUAUUUAACAAUUAAUCAAUUCAGACAUGUGUUAUACAAAUGCCAUUGUACAUGCCGUGCCGAUCUUUUUCAAUCUCUAUGGUGUCUGCUGCCUACCAAUCGUCGGCUAAAUAGAAGCUCGACGCUGAAUACGAAUACGAAUGUCGCAUAUCACGCCAUGAUUCUUACGAUCAUUUCUUCACGCCUUUUUUUUUUUUUGUCGUAAUCGAGCAGGGUCAGUUUAAUACAACCUGAAUUUAAUUCAAUUGAAUUCCGUAGAAUUGGUAUGGUAAUGUCGAUGUCAUUCUUUUCACAUUGUUAAGCAUCCGUCAUAUCAGAUACAAAUGUAUGUUGUAAGUGAUAUUUCACUGUUCGCCAGGGGCCAGAACCACGCAUGAAAUAUAUUUACCUGAACGCUC